AUGUCACGGUCAUUGAGCACCUACUACGUGCCAGGUUCACUAGGCUACAAGCUCGCCCAAAUUGCUGGAAACCCAAAGUGUCCCCCGCCCGCUCUCCUUCCUCAUACCACCAGCCAGCCUGUCUUCGUCCCUGCUCUGAGCAAUAAUGCCUCUUGGGUGCUGUUCCCCACAGGCCAGGAAGGUGGAGGCAAGCCCCUGGCUGCUGGGCCAGAGGAGGAACUGCUGCAGAGUCCAGCCCCCCACACUCGGGAUGCCCCAAGUGAGGAACUGCCCCCCUCCCGCCAGGUCGCUGGGGAGAAGCCGCCAUCAGAGGCCCCUGGAGAAGCAGCUGGGGCAGAUACUGGGAGGGGGAGCCAGCCAUCUGGCUCUGGGACUCUCCACAGAGACACAGUUAUGGCCCCACCUAGACCCCAGCCUCCUGAGGAAGGCUGUUCCUUCCCAGUGAGAGAGGCAAAGCCAGGGAAGAGGUCUUACUCUCCAGCCUCCAGUAAGCAGAAAAUGCCCAGUGUCGGGGGUCUGGCCUCCGCAUCAUCUCCUGGUGUCAUUAACUUGGCCCAUGCCACACACAACCUAGUGCCUUGUGGGUCAGGCCGGGGGCCCUGCCAUCUGGCCAACCUCCUCAGCACAUUGGCUCAGAACAGCCAAAACACAGAUCAGAAGAGGACCCCGGAAGUGACCUGCCAAGUUCGGAAAAAGACUCGGACCCUAUACCGCUCAGACCAGCUGGAGGAGCUAGAAAGGAUCUUUCAAGAAGACCACUACCCAGACAGCGAUAAGCGCCGGGAGAUUGCCCAGACGGUGGGGGUCACUCCCCAACGAAUCAUGGUGUGGUUCCAGAAUCGCCGGGCAAAGUGGCGAAAAGUGGAGAAGCUGAAUGGGAAGGAGAACAAGGGCAGUCCUGCAGGCCCUGCCCCUACCCCUGCCAGCAGUCAGUGCAGGGACACUAGGGCUACAGUCUUCACUCUGCCUGCCUCCAGCUCGGCAACUGAGCUGCCACCUUCUGUGUCCCUGGCCCCAGAGCCUGGCACCUUCCCUCAGGAGCCCCCUCUAGAUACUCUUACAGAGCCCCCCAUGCUGCUGACCUCUGACCAGACUCUGGCCCCAACCGAACAGAGUGAGAAUACUCAAAGGGUGGCAGUGACCCCGCCACUCUUCAGCCCCCCACCUGUUCGAAGAGUCGACCUUCCUUUUCCCCUGGGCCCUGUCCUUACCCCCCAAACGAUGCCUCUGCUGCUGGAUACUCCUGUCAGUGACAACAGUCACAAAGAUGGCCCCUGUGGGUCCUGGGGGACAAGUGUCACCCCACCAUCCACCUGUUCAUACCUGGAAGAACUGGAACCCCAGGAUUACCAGCAGAGCCCCCAGCCAGGGCCAUUCCCAUUCUCCCAGGCUCCGCAGAGCCAGCUUUACCAACCACCUCAGCCCCAGUUUUCCUACCUGCACGCCUUCCCCUUCCCCACACCCCACUCCCUGAUGCCUCCGCUGCCGGAUGACUCCCUCUUCACAUCACCUUACGGCCCCAGUGCGGGUCCCUCUCAGGGCUACUUCUCCGGCCCCCCAUCAGGGCAGAUGGUGCUGCAGCCACCUGCUGGGAACGUGGGUCCGGCCCCUUGGAAUGACCUCUGCUUGCCAGAACUGCCUUUCUCUGGUCCCUUCUGUCCACAAGCCCUGGGGCAGCCCCCCGGAGGUGAUGGCUUCUUCCCGGAUCUGUUUCCAGCCCCCUACGCUCCGGCUGUGAGCAGGCAGCCUUCACCAGGUGCCACCCAGCUGCCCGAAGCAGCCAGACCAGGAACGGGGCCCUUCCUUGGCAGGGCCCAAGAGGAGCAGCCUGCCACCUCUGUGGAGGAGCCCUCAGUGCCCCAGGAGGUCCGAGAGGAAGACAAGAACAGCUGUGGCCCCUAG